CUUUUCUUUUUUUCAUUUAUUUUCGCUAAUUACUUUUCCUUUUUCUUCUCUCAAGUUUCCUAAUUUUAUAAUUCAUUAUUCAUUAAUUAUAUUAAUUUAGCCCUCCUUAUAAAUAAUUUAUAACCCCUAUCUCAAUCUAUCUCAUUUCAACAUCACGAUCCAUCUCACACCCUCAACGUUCUUCAAUCUUCUUUUUUCUAAGCAAAACCCUUCGCUUUUCUCUAUCCUUCAAAAACCAUGAGUUCUACCAUGACCGAACUCGAACAAGAAGAGUUGCUUGAAAAAUCAGAAGUCUUCAAGAUCAAAGGAAGAGAUAAGCAUGGCCGCAAGAUCCUCCGCAUUAUCGGGAAAUUCUUCCCUGCUCGAUUGGUUAGUGUUGAUGUUUUAAAGAAUUAUCUGGAAGAAAGGGUUUUCCCGAAACUAGGGAAGAAAAAAUUCGCGAUACUUUACAUUCACACCGGUGUUCAGAGGAGCGAGAAUUUUCCCGGAAUCUCUUCUCUCCGGUCGAUUUACGACGCGAUUCCGGCGAACGUGAAAGAGAAUUUAGAAGCGGUUUAUUUCAUUCAUCCCGGUUUACAGGCCCGUCUUUUUCUCGCUACAUUCGGCCGCUUUCUCUUCAACGCUGGGUUGUACGGAAAGCUAAGGUACGUUAGCAGGAUUGGUUAUCUAUGGGAGAACGUCAGGAGGAACGAUGUUAUGAUUCCAGAGUUCGUGUAUGAUCAUGAUGAAGACUUGGAGUACCGUCCAAUGAUGGAUUACGGGUUAGAGAGUGAUCACGCUAGGGUUUACGAUACUGCACCUGCACUAGAUUCUCCCUUCUCCUCUUAUUCCAUGAGGUGUAUCUCAUAGGGUCUUGUUGAUGUUGUUUUUUUGAAAAACUUUGAGGGUUGGGUUUGGUAUGUAGUGUUCCCUGUUAGGAUUUGGGUUCACUGUAGCCGAUGGAUUGUGGUUGUUGGAUUAGAUCGGAUGAUGAUUUGAAUUGUAGACCGUUUGAUUUUUAUCCAACAUCACCGAUUUCUUGA